GACAGCGUGGCCACAAGGGAAUGUUGGCCCCAGCCCUGGGAUGGUUGCCAACAACAGAACGUGGCCCUCGGACCUGCCAACGCAGCCCUAUGACAUAACCAGGUGGCCCUUGGAAAUAACCACGUGCCAGCGAGGGAAUUUUGUCCUCAGCCAUGGCCAGGUGCCACCCAUGGAGCUUCCACUUUCCCCUGAACCCCCCAGAUCAAAUUGACAGAAGUUCCAACGACAGCUGGGGCGUGCCAGAUGUAUUUUAUGAUCCUCAGGCCUUGAAAGAUUUUUUGCCUGGAUCCAGAAAGGUGCUGGAGCCCUCCCCGCGCUCGGAGCUGGCCGUGCCGGUGGUUCCAGUGCCGGUGCCGGAGGCAGCGGGCCCGGGCUGCCCGCAGGGCGGCAGGGUGGCGGCGGGCCAUGCCCAGGACCUGCUGCAGCAGUGCCUGUGUGCCGCGGGCAUCACCGAGCAGCUGCUGGAGGCCGAGGCCAAGCAGGACACAGGCGGCUUCCAGCCCUCUGCGCCUUCCCGCAGCGCCCUGCCGAUCAACCAGCCGGGCCCGGGCCGGCAGCCGCUCCUGCUGCCCUUCCUGCAGCACCCCGGGCCCUUCUCCAGCUGGCAGCUGGGCCAGGGGCCUGCUCAGCCCGGGGGACAGCAGGUGAUGGCCACUGCCCUGCCAGCGCCGCAGGUCGCGCUCCUGCAGCAGGUGCCGCAGGGGAUCAUCCUGCAGGUGAAGCAGCAAGGCCCCACCACCCUCGCCUUGCUCCCCAGUCCAGCCUCCUGUGUCCUGGGGAGUGGCCAGGGGCUGAGGCCACCAGCCCACAGACCCACUGGCCACCCCCAUUCUGUCACACUGUCACCCUGUGGCCACCAGCACCCUGGAGCAGCAGCGCCCCAGCACAGCAGCAUCCCCACACCCAACGCUGUGGGAAUUGAGCAAAAUUUCUGGUGCCUGGAGCCAAAAUGGGAGAAAUUGUACUCUUUUGUUCCUUAUUUUUAAUAAAACUCUUGAUGGAACUUGC